AUGAAGGUGCACACACAUGCAAAAUGUGCUCAGCACAAGAAAUCGUGCCCAGUUCCUAUUGAGAAGGAUCUCCUCCUGGCAAUUGGGGCUCCGUGCAUCUUGUUCAGCAGGUAUGGACUCAAGGAGAAAUGGUCCAACACCCUCAAGAAGCGUGUCCAUGAUUCAGCAGUCAAGCUGCAGCAACGAGUACGAGUUUCAAUUCACGAGAAUGUUGUUGGCUACGAGGAGGACUCAAUGAUCUGCUAUGAAAGGGCCAGCAAGCAGUGGAAGUGUCCGUUCAGUUUGACAGAGCUGGCAAGUAUCAUCCUAGCACCGAACAGUGAAUUGAAGCUUGACUACUCUGCCUAUCUAAUUGCCGCGCCGUCGACCAUUGACCGUGCAGAAGUCUUCGAAACUGAUUUGACACAGUCCCAAACAGAGCAUCUCAAAGGCUUCCGCAAGAUUGCCAGCAACAAGGCCGUGUACGACCUGAGCCAAGAUCCCAAGCACCGCAAGAGGACUGAGAACAUGGACAACACCUUGCCAUGCCUCACAACCUCUUCACAGCUUUGGGUGGAACCUGCUGGCCGCAUGAUGCUUCCGGCUGAGCAGCUGGCUUCGCUUGGCUAUCCAUGCCUUCCGCCUGUAGCAGACACUGCCGGUGCAGAGAAGGUCUGCUACCAGCAGUUCCGAUCGUCCAAGGACUUCCCAGCCUUCUUGCAGAAAUUUUGGGAUUUGCCCAAGGUUGACCAAGAUGCAUUGGUCAUGCGGAUAUGCGAUGACGAGGGGCGCCAGAGACCGACCUGCCUCCUCAUCAAUGGUGGCUCUGGGCGGGACGCGACAAUGAUCACGACCUUCAAGCAGAAGGUUGAGGAGCUGCGGGCUAAGCCCCCUGACUCCGAAAAGGCAGAGCACACCACCACACCGCCUUCGAGCAAGAAGGUUUGUGGCCACUAUGAGAAGCAAAUGCAGAACAUGUUCGAGAAGCCAGACGACGGCUUGCCAUGUGUGGAGGACUUCUUGGGGACCUUUGAGUCCAUGCUGUUCGGUACCAGCAUGGAAGAACGGGUGGCUGACAUCGUCAAGGACUUUCAUGGCACGCCAGGUCUCCAGUCCAAACAUAGACUGGACAAAGAGAAGCUGGAUGCAGUGAUCAACAUCAUGUCUGGAACCAACCAAGCCAGCAGGGAGGUCAUUCGCGUGCAUUGCGAUCGCCAUCGAUGGAAAGAAUGUGCCUUUAGCACGGAGCAGCUGAAGUCGCAGCGGUGGUUGCUGGGGGCGACCCCAAAGGGAUCCACAUGUCCAGCAGACCUCAAGAAGGCCCUCACGGUGACAGAUGAGGCCCAGACAUUGCAUCUGCAGUUGACUGUGCACUCCUUCCUCGAGAACGGCCGGAGAUUGAGGCCAUCGGCUCGACCAAGGGUCCGGUGGAGCCCUUCUACAUUCGAGAGCCACUCCGACUUCAGUUGCAUCUACGCAGCUGUGCUUCGAGAAGCUCGUGGCCUGGCGUCGUUCUCAGCUGAGAAAGAGAAGGCCAUCAUGAAGGCCUUCUUUGACAAGGAUUACUACAGCGACAUCGAAGCAGUUGUUACCUCGCGGCUUGCAAGCUGGAAGGUUCAGCACCUUGGUCUAUGGACUGAUGUGGUCGAGCCGCAUGCUGCACCGAUGUCAAUCCCCACUGCUGCGGAUCUGAUGGAAAUCGAAGAUGAAUCUCAGGCCGCCAAAUUUAGAGAGAUCCGAGCGAAGGUGGCGCAGGAUGUGGCCGCUAUGACGCAAUACAACGCAUCAGUGCAAGAGCACACCAGACGGCUGCAUGUUGUGAAGGUCAUGCACGAGAAGUCUCAGGUCGAAGCCGGGAAGCAGCUAUGUGAAGGGCACAUGGAGAAGCUUUGCCGUGUGAGCCUUCUGGACAAGUCCAUGAUCGACCCCAAGGUGGAAGCCUCCUACCGGCAAGCAGCUGCAUCGGCCAAGGUGUCGGUUGGAGAUGUGCAUACUGUGCUCUAUGUCGAUUGCAGCAAACUUGGUGUUCUCCAGCAGCAGGAGAUCAACGUGAUUGGAGAGCUUGCCGAUCGCUACCUCAGCCGAUCCCCUACCAUGUUUCGCCAUUUAUGUUUUGCUUCAGGCCCCAGUCAAAGCCAUACCAGGUUCUGCCAGUCGCCGCUGUGGUUGAGACAGGGCCUUCCGCCCGACCAAUUUCCGGCGGCAUUGAACGAGAAAGAUUUUGUCAUACCAACCCCGCUCGACCAUCCAGGCCUAUCGCAUGACGCACGACGAAACCUCACUGACCUUCAAGAAACCAGCCAGUGGUUGGGUGGGAUCAGCAUCCCGAAGGCUAUCUUGCAGCAGUUGUUCAGUGGUGUGCGUGGACAGCAUGCUGGGCUAGUUGUCCACGCGACCAGCUAUGACGGUGCUGUGAAGAUUGCGGCUCUUCAAUUGGGGUAUCCAUGUGUUGGGGUCUCUGCAAACGAAGCCUACCACAAGACUUCGAAGCAGAUUGUUAAGCAACACCUUCUCCAGGCGUGGAAGAAUGGGCAGCCUCCCAUGAACAACGUGACUCCGAGAUACAGGAAGGAUGUGGUUCAAGAUGAGCUCCCGAGAUUGGAGGAGAAACCGCAAUUCAAAGUUUGCCAGCUCACACCUGAUGGCAAGUUCCAGCUGCCGCAAGACGUGAGAGGCCACUUCAUGCAGGAUCCAAUUUGGGGCCCCGAGUGGCGCGAGAUUGUGACCAAGUUCGACCAGCAGUGGGGAUCGGUUCAAACCACCACUGACACCAAUGCUUUGUCAAGUUCUCCGGCUGCCACUCCUAGUCCUGGUGUGAAGACAGAGGCCCAGGUCAAGAAUGAAGUGAAGCUGGAAGCCGAUGGCUUCUCAUGGUCCAGCCACUUUUCUGGUGAGCCUGAGAGUGAGGAUUCUCUCAAAACAAAAUUUGGGAGCGACCUGACAGAGAUCCCGGGUGGCCAGAACUACAAGUUCUUCAUGGCACCAGGCCCCAACCUAUGUGGCAGCUACUGA